UUCACAUUCUCCUCUCGCUUAUGGCAUUUUUGGGGAACUUUCUCAUCCUUGCUGCCCUUCACAAAGUAUCUUCCCUCCAUCUGCCAUCCAAAUUUCUUGUAUCGUUGUUUGGAAACAACUGAUCGGUUAGUUAGUAUUGUCAGCCAGCCUUUCAUUGCCCCUUAUUGGAUGUCCUUGGUUCACAAGGAGUGCUAUCUUUGUCAAUGCACAUACAAAGCAACGAAAAUAACAGGCUAUAUGCAUUAUGUUCACUGUGGAAAGACUUCUAGCCCUGUUGUCGGGGCUAAGAUACAGACAAACCCAGUGUACUUCAUAGUAGCAACCUUUUGGGUACCGUUUGGUGUCGCU